UGUAAAUUAUUUCAAUAUUAUUUAAAAUUAAAUGUUAAAUAUCAAAUAUUUUAAUAAUAAUGAUAACUCAUUUUUCAUUUUAAUGUGUAAUAUAGUCUGUUGUUAAUUUAAAGAAAUGAAUAAAGAUGUUAAUAUUUUCUUCUCGUGUAAUUUAAAAUACAUUUUGUUAAUCCUUAUCUUCUAUUUUAUUUCUUUCACUGAAGGUUUUAUUACAACCAAUCGUCAUGGAAUAAAUCUAAAUAAUUCAUUUUAUCAAACAAAAUCCAGAUAUCAUUUCAAUUCAAAACAAAAUAAACUGCUAUGUUUUCUAUCCAACAAUACAGGAUGUUUGAAUAAUUUUUCUAAAACGACCAAUGCUUUUGUUCCAAAUAUUCCAUUUAAUAUCAAAGAUGAUUUAAUACGUCAAAAUUUUACCUCUGAACAUGAAAUACAAUAUCCAGUUAGAGUGUUCACAUAUGAAAGAUUCCCUUAUGUCUUUUUCGAUAACUUUAAAUACGUUUAUGCAACCAUAUGCUCAAAUGAAUUGAAUAUAGAAGAAAUUAUAAAAACCGAAAUUAAAAAGCUGAGGUGCGAUGGAAUUAGUAAUAUGUGGAGAUAUGACGUGUUGGAUGCCAAUAUAGUCACAUUAACACAGAAUGAUGCAUAUAAAUAUCUACAGCCUGGAAUAGCAGUGUCAUACAAUUCAACAAUAUCAAAAGGAUUGGAGAAAAAACUAUCAGAAAAGAACAUAAGAGUGAUUAGAGGAGAAAAUAUUAAUGAUAUAGUCGAAAUGGCCAAGGAACAACUCACGAGGAUAGCUGGAGAGUACAGUCGUCCAACACUUUAUGGAAAGGCAGAGGUUAACAAACUAUUUAAGAGAUACAAGAGAAAUAACGGAGCAGGUUGUGUCGUAACAUAUGGAAAGAUCAAUCCGUUCUUACGUGUUAGAAUCAUGAGAGGGGAUCAGUUAUUAUUUUUUGGUGAAAUAUCAUCAUUGAAAAGAGAGACGGAUUAUCCGAUUGAUAUUUUUGAAGGUGAAUCGUGCGUGAUCACGCUAGAAGGCUUUGAAGAUUUUAAAGUUGGAGAUGUCGUUGAAUCAUACAUAAAUUGAUUAAUUUAUUUAUAUUAAAUAAAA